CCAAAUUCCACCAUACCAAGCGCCCGCCUCUUUCCAUGCUUACGGGCCACGCCUAGCGUGGUUACCUACCUUACUAUACUAGGCAGAUACCCCCACUCCCCUAGGCAUUGCUGGGAGAACGGUACUGCCAAACCUACCGAGCGCCAUUGUAUAAGGAAGCAUCCGUCUCAGUCCCUUCCCAAACUUAAACUACAGCUUCACCAGCCUUCGUUCCAGUGUCAAAUACCUACUUAACUCGGUUCAUCGUUUAUUCCUCACUCCUCGCCAUACUCCCUCCAAUCUAAACAACACCUCAACCCUCCUCAAAAACCAUCACCAUGUCUGGAGCAGCACCCCGCCCUGCGCAGCAGCAGCAGAAGUCCUCGAGCAGCAGCAGCAACGGCAACGGCAACGGCAACGGCAACGGCAACAGCAGCAACAGCAACGGCAACAACCAGAUCCACAUCGAGCAGGCGGCCAAGGACGCGCGCAUGCAGGAGCACUGGCUGAAGUGGUCGGGCAUCGCCAACACGGACCGCACGUACCCGGUCGUCUUCGACAAGUCGCCCGCGCCCGUCACGACCGAGCUCAAGCGCCUCGUCGGGCCCAACAUCAAGACGGCCGCCGUGCACCGCGUGCCGGGGCUCGACGAGGACGCCGAGCCCGGCAAGGACCUCGGUAACGUGAUGGUCGGCCUCGUCAGCGCCGCCACCUACGCCACCCUGUCCGAGACGUUUGGUUUUAAGAGUAUUACGGUUAAGCUGGGUGCUGGCGAGCGCACUGCCUUUGUGCCGGUUGGGCGUGCGUCGCCGGCUCAGCAAGCCAAGGGCAAGGCGGAGGAUUAA